GAUUUAUGUAGAAUGGAUUGGAUAUGGUGACAAUUCCAUGUCUCCUUAUGAUACCGCUUGGCUAGCUAUGGUACCAUCAAAAACCUAUAAAAAAUCAAGUUCUGCUGCGGAUUUCGAACUUGCAUUUCCUCAAUGCUUCAUUUGGCUUCUUGAAUUCCAAGAAUCAAAUGGAAGUUGGUCCGGAACAGGUCCUGGAAGUAUACCUUCUUCUCUUUCUGGUCUUCAAGCAUUAGGCCUCUUCCGUUCUCGUUCCGGUCAAUAUUUUGAAAGAAAUUUGCUAAAAUUUGGAUCUUCGAUUUAUAACAAUAUUUUUCAAAAAGCGAUCGAAUAUCUUCGUGAAACAUUAAAUAAUUGGAAUAUCGAUGAACUUUACAUGGUUGGAUUUGAACUAUUCAUACCAUAUCAUUUAGACUCAUUGGAAAAGCUUGAACCUUCAGUAAAAUUUGACUUUCCCGAUAAAUCAAGAUUAUUAAAAGUUUACCAAAGGAAAAUGAGUAUGAUACCUUUAGAAACGAUUUUUGCCCUUGCCGCAAAAAAACAGCCAGUUUCCAUCAUUCAUUCCAUUGAAGCAUUUUGUAAUACAUUUGAUUUGUCACGUAUUCAAAAUGAAGGAUUCCAAGCUAUGAAUGGGAGUUAUGGAUCUUCGCCCGCGGCUACUGCGGCAGUUAUGAUACACGCCUCUAAGUGGGACGAUAAGGGAUACGAAUUUCUUAAAAAAAUUCUCAACCGUUGUCCAUCUUACGCUGAAACUCAGGGAUGCGUACCCUGUAUUUGUGACGUUGGAAUCUUUGAAACUGCAUGGGUCACGCAAUCGCUUAGUGGAAUAAUGUUGAAUUUAUUAAGAGAAAAAUACUUCAAAAGAAAUAAACGUGAAGUCAAACAACUUUUAGAAAAAAAUAAUGCAUUUGUUGUAUAUCUUAAAGCACUUCUUAAAGAAGCAAAUGGAAAACUUCGACGGUCCAGUUGGGAUAACAGAACACCGGCUGAUGCUGAUGAUACAUCUGUUACGCGUUGGGUUGUACGCCAAUUCGAUGCAAACUCCGAAGAUGAUCUUGAUCCUUUGAUACAAACCUUUUACAAUGGAAAAUAUUUUAUAACCUUUCCACUCGAACGCACUUUUUCAAUAAGUUGCAAUGUUCACGUUUUGAGCCUUUUGAUUUUAGAAUAUAAAAAAAUAAAAGCAAGAGGAAUUACAUCCAUGUUAUUUACCGUCAAGACUAAAUCUCAAAAAGUUAAACUUGAACUAAUUAUUGAAUCAGUUGCGAAAUUUAUUAUGGAACAACGCUCCAAAGUAGCGAUUUGGACUGAUCCAUGGCACAAGAGUCCAGGUUAUUCAACAUUCAAAGCCAUCGAUUUGCUUUUGUCUUUAACGCAUCAUCCCGAAUUUUUAAGUACUUUAACAACUUUGGACGUGGCUGGACUUUUAAGUUUUUGUAGAAAAUCUGUAGAUUGGACAUUAAAAACUCAACAUAAAGACGGUAGUUGGGGCGAAUCUUCAAAAAAUGCUAUGGGAAAUCUGGAAGAAACUAGUUACUUUGUUCGCUUAUUAAAAACUUCAUAUCGAUAUUAUCCUGAAGACAAAUCAAUUCAAGCAUCUCUAUUGAAAGGUCAAGUAUAUUUGAAAGAUCACCUGAAAGAGGCAAUGAAUACACAUGGAUAUUUUCAUAAUUCGGAGCCAUAUUUGUGGAUAGACAAGCAAUUGUAUACGAUGCCUCGAGUCAUAAAAUCCUCAAUGCUUGCGGCUCUAUGGGAAAAUUAA